UCGCAUUUGAAAAACAUUUUCUUGUCACUUCUAGAGAGAGAGAAAGGGAGGGAGGGAGGCAAUAGUGACAGAGUGAAGCAUUUCUUAGAUGAUGCAACUGACCAAGUUUCAGCGGAAACCCUAAUUUUCUUGAAUGAGGUCAUAUUUGGAUGGUACAGAGUUAUCCCCUCUUACCCCUCACUUGUAAGAUGAAUACAAGAGGCGGUCAAGUAUCUAAGGGUCAGAAGUCAAACAAAUUUCAGGGUGGGGGACCAAAUUGGAUUCUUAUUGCUGGUGGUGCCUUGUUAAGUACCUUAUCAAUCCGCUUUGGUUGCAAGCUGAAGCAGGCACUUGACACAAAGCAACAGUACGAUGCUACUACUAGCUUGAAAGGGAACGGAACUUCAGACAGGAGGAGACCAUCAGGUUGUCGUUUACAGUUAAAUAUGUAUUCCUUUAGCCAAGACCAUGAUGCUUGUUUCAACUGCAUGUCAGGAUCUGGAAGCAUAGGGGAGAAGCACCCACCAAAUGGUCAGAUGCCCGAAUCUGAAAUUGCUUUACCUCUGGUGACAGUUCCUUCGACUGAUUUUAACAAGGAUAAUGGUGUCAUGUGGGCUUCAUCUCCCGAUCGCCUUGAGUUGCCCCCAAAACCAUUCCAUCAUUCUAACUGCUCCGACUCGCCGUGUGUCUCAGAGUCUGGCUCUGACAUAUUUAGCAAGCGGGAAGUGAUACAGAAACUAAGGCAACAGCUGAAGAGAAGAGAUGAUAUGAUACUGGAGAUGCAGGAUCAGAUUGUGGAACUGCAGAAUUCACUGAACGCUCAGGUGGCGAACUCAACUCAUUUACAGUCACAGCUGGAAGCAGCAAAUAGAGAAUUGUUUGACUCCGAGAUGGAAAUCCGAAGGCUGAGGAAGGCAAUCGCAGAUCAUUGUUUAGGACAUGUUGGCACAAAUGAGAAGACUUCAAAUGCUACAGCUUGGCCUUAUGACAUAAGAAAUGGACAUGGCAAUGGGUACGUUGAUGGAGAAAGCAACUUGGAAUCCCCUGAGAAGGGAAGGGGAGAUGGGGAGAGAAUUGAGAUGCUGAAAAGAGAAGUAGGAGAGUUAAAGGAGGUGAUAGAAGGAAAAGAGUACCUAUUGCAGAGCUACAAGGAGCAGAAGAUGGAGCUCUCCAUGAAGAUCAAGGAGUUGCAACUGAGAUUGGAUUCCCAGCUUCCCAAUAUUUUGUAGGUAAUGCUUAGGUUUUUGUGCAUUCUUGCUUGUCUUCCCAUGUUUCUUUCUUUGAUUUGAGGAUAAAAAAAAGUAUAGUAUAUGCCUCUUUUUCUCAUUUCUUUCCCACUAUCUUUUGGGCUUAAGAUUCAUGUUAGAUAUAUAUGUUCUUUGCAUGUGCAUCUCUAUGUAUGAGAAUAAGAUGUGUAAGAGAGAAAGAGGGAAAAGCACAGUACUAGGCACCAUUAUAGUGGUUUUGUUAAAUUUUAACGUUUUUCUUGCUUGACCACUGCCUCCUUUCUUGUAGAAAUCUUAAACCAAGUGCUCUUUUCCUUUUCUA